AUGCUCAUGGUUAUUGGGAUCUGGUCUGACAAUAGCGAAGCCCUCAGCAUGGUUUCUCGAAGCCUAAAAUCAUCCUCCAUGCAGUUCAUGCUUGUGUGGCAGCCUUUGAUACUCUUGCUGCAGUUGGGGAGAGCUUUUCGCAGAAAUUCUCUUUCAGCUACUGCAGGAGGUGUCUUUCGUAGUCAGAAUGGAGUUUGGUUGGGAGGAUUUUUGGUCAACCUGGGCCAUUGUAAUGCUUUUAGUGCUAAACUUUGGGGUAUUUACACUGGUUUGCAGGAAGCAUGGAGCAACGGGUGGCUCAAGGUUCAGGUCAGCUGUCGGGAAGCUAAUGCUAUUGCUGAUCAUAUGGCCAACUUGGCUUUUGAUCAGAUAGAUCGUUUCAUUUGGUACGAUGGUCCCCCAUCAAGCGCAAGUCUUCUUCUUUUUGGAGAUGUUAUAGGAGCUGCUCGUCCACGGAUGACUCGCUCAUAA